AUUGCUGUGUGUUGUUUUGUCGGAUUGAUAAAAAAAUGAAAUAAAUAAAAAAUAUAUAUUUUUGAAAAAAAAUCGAUUUAAAAAAAAAUGAGAAUUGAUUCUGAAUCGCACAACGUGAGAAUCGCGAUUCAUAUUUGAAUAUAUUUUUUCCCACACCCCUAAUAGAUAGAUAGUACUUUAUUGAUUCCUUCAGGAGAGUUCCCUCAGGAAAAUUAAAAAUCUAAGGUUGGUCCUCACUUAGCAUGCUGUGUUAGGGAUGCUGCCCAUAUUUCCAUAUUUGCGAUGAGAAUAUAGUGUCAUCGUUAAUGAACUGCACAUCUUCUGAGAUAAAUAUGGGUCAUCGGAUCGUCGAUGUGACGAUCCCACUUUGGCAGCCGGUGCCACAAGCCCAUGAGAGAGCUCAUUAUCCCCACAUACCUUACCAAAAUGUGGUGCUGGAUGCCCCCCAAGGAACACAACCGAAACCCUCUUUCCAGGGAGUGUGUGUGUGUGUGUGUGUGUGUGUGUGUGUGUGUGUGUGUGUGUGUGUGUGUGUGUGUGUGUGUGUGUGUGUGUAUAUAUGAAGUCGCACUUUGCACCGUUGCUGCAGAACGCCGCUGACAGAGGUGAAGGUAGUUAAGAGAUGAUAAAGAUGCCUACCAGUGCUCCCACUACAAGAAUCCUGCUGGCGGCCAGGCGACCUGGCAAAAAAUCCAAAAAUGUGGUUCUUCUUAAAGAAAAGAUUCCAGACUAUGAUCCCAACAUCCCGGAGCCGACAAGCCGAGCGGAGCUCCUUAAAUACUGGAUCAACCUUUCUCUGGAUGACAAGACAGCCAAUAAGAUGCUGUGGAUCACAGAGGGUGGAGCCAAAGUGGCCCGAAUGACAGAUGAUGUCACUUGUCCUGUACUGGACCGACCAGAAAGAUAUGAAUAUGUCCCUCAGGUUCUUUGCAAAGAAGGAAUCUUGGGUUUCCGGGCCUACUGGGAGAUCAAAUAUUCAGGCUGGGUGGUAGCCGGGGUAACCCACGAGGGCGCAGGCCGCAGGGGAAGCGACGGACCUUGCGGCCUGGGUGAAAACGAACAGUCCUGGGGUCUGGGCUGGGGCGGAUCCCACUACCAGGUGUGGUUCAACGGCAUCUUCAACGAAAUCUGGGACAUUCCCCAAUUCAGCACCAUCGGCGUGUACCUGGACCACCCGGCAGGGGUGGUCAAUUUUUACGCCGUGGAGGACGAGGAGGGCAGGCGGGAGGUGCGACUCCUGAGGCAGAUCAAAAGCUCCUUCAAGGGGAGGAUGAUGCCUGGUUUCUGGGUAGGACAAAAGUCCUCAUGUAUGCUGAGUAAGAAGGAAUAGACCAUUUGUUUUUUUUUUUGUUUUUUUUACAAUUUCCAUUUUUAUACAUUUCCAUUUGUUGAUAAAAAUGAAAUGGGUGGGGAAGUGCAUCAGUGAUCUGUGCAGAAAGUUUGUAUAUACGCCUUGUAUUCAUCAAGAAGCAUUUGUGUGGUAUGUACAGCCAAUAUUUUACAGUUUUGUAUCACUGUGUGUGGUAUAACCAUUUUGCAAUGUUUUGUGCAAUAAAGUAUAAUUCAAUUGUUAAACUU